AUGUCGGCGGCAGAGAAGAACAAAGUUGAGCGCCUAGCUCGUCAAUUCCUAAGACUGCAUAAUUCGGAGCACGCGCAUAGUCAGUUGAUCACUGAGGAAAUCAUCACACUUGCGACCCGCCUAGGCGUUGACCAAGCUCACAAAGCUGGCAAUGAGGCAGAUUGGGUAAAAAGGUGGGAUGAUGAAAAGCAUCUACUGAGCUCUAUGGCAGAAUUUGAGAGAGCUGCUGCCAAAUUCUUAGGACCACCACCACAGAAAUCUUCUGAAAAUAAACCUUCUACGCCACAUCCCACCUCAACACAGCCACCCACAUCCAAUGCCACUACACCAAAUGCUUCCGAACCUCACCCACCCACUCCAAACCCCGCCACCCCUGACACCAAAAAAGGCGGCUUCUUAAACCGUUUCAAUCCCUUUGGUGGGAGCCCUGAGAAGCCAGACGUUCAGUCCAAAGCGCAGUAUGACCCGCAAGGCGAGGCAGAACACUCAGAAACCUUUGUGGAUGCAACACAAGACAGUUCGAAUACAGUGGAGGACAAGACAGAGGAGAAUCCCGUUCCUACUAGCUCCGCUGAACCAUCAAAAUCUCCCCAGCCGCCGCAAUCGAAGAAGCCCGACGGAAAGGGAACAGAAGGAGACCCAGUUCUUAUCAGCUCUACUGAGCCAUCAGCAUCGCCUCAGCCACCGCAGGCGAAGAAAUCCGUAGGAGACGGAACAGAAAAUGAUCCGGUCGAAAUCAGCUCUGCCGAGGCGUCAGCAUCACCUCAGCCAUCAGUGGCUAACAACACAGCGGGAACAAGCCGCGUCAAUAUUGGAGACAAGCUGUCAGGAAUAUUGGGAAAAAUUAAGAGUGAAGGGGGCAGUAAAGGUGGCUCUGGCAGUACGGGUGGUUCUGGCAGCACGGGUGGCUCGGGGAGUACGGGCGGCUCUGGCAGUACGGGCGGCUCUGGCAGUACGGGCGGCUCUGGCAGUACGGGCGGCUCUGGAGACACGGGUGGCUCUGGCAGCACGGGUGGCUCUGGCAGCACGGGUGGCUCUGGCAGCACGGGUGGCUCUGGCAGCACGGGUGGCUCUGGAGACACGGGUGGCUCUGGAGACACGGGUGGCUCUGGAGACACGGGUGGCUCUGGAGACACGGGUGGCUCCGGCAGUACUGGCGGCUCUGGCAGCACUGGCGGCUCUGGCAGUACUGGCGGCUCUGGCAGCACGGGUGGUUCUGGCAGCACGGGUGGCUCUGGCAGCACGGGUGGCUCUGGAGACACGGUUGGCUCCGGCAGUACUGGCGGCUCUGGCAGCACGGGUGGUUCUGGAAACACAAGAGGCUCUGGAAACACAGGAGGUUCUGGAAAUAUGGGGGGGUCUGGAGGCACGGGUGGCUCCAGCGGUACGGGUGGCCCUGGAAAUACAGGUGGCGCUGGCGGGAAUAACAGAGCCAGCAGCACUACAGGCUUGGGAAGGAGCAAUAAUCACGCCAAGGUUGAAAUACCUGACGGCAGGACCACUCAAAUCCUCGACUUCGAUCCUUGGCGUUGGGAAGCCAGCCACGGAUGUGACGAUAACGCAUACAUGGAAAGACCCGCGCUGUUCUCUCGAGGAUAUCCGCUUGAAGAAGACCGCCUCCCUGGCCCGUCGAAAUUUCCAUAUCUAUGGCACCAGAUUCGUCAUCCGGACCACGACAAUGAGUUGGCAUGGGCCUUUUUACGUGGAAAGCUGAGGAAGAAUACCCUUGUUCUUGAGUGUCCGGGGAAUGACGGAAGCAGGUUGCUUUUACUCUCUCCAUAUUUCAACAGAGGCGUCGCUGAAACAGUGAAAAAGGCGACCGGAGCGGAAAUACCGGAAGUGCCCUACGGUGACCCAACGAUGCUAUAUGGCAAGCGACUGGCAGACAAUCGCCCGCAAGAAAUUGCAUUUGCAGUGGGAAAGGGCGAACGAAACAAUGGAGAUGCCUUUUUUGUCUAUCAUAACCCAGAGCGGUGGUUCCCGGUGUCCGUCAUUAAGGCUCAAAUGGGCAACAACCAAACCGAAAAACUUCUCAAGACAUGUAGACCAACCUGGAACAUGCGUGAGGCUGCACAGGAAGCGCCCCGCCAGCAACUAGGGAAUAAUUCACCACUGCCAGCCAGGUACAACUCGGCUCCCGCGGCUCCACAGCCAACACACAGUUUACCGUUGCCAACUCAACAGUCAGGAAGAUACUUCUCAGCUCCUCAGCCUGUGCCGUUCUCAAUGGUAGGAGGUGCACUGGGGACAACACCACCAGCAAACCCACCAUAUCAACAACAUCAAUUCUCAAAUACAGCCCAGCAGUCGCAUGGAAUUUAUAAUUCGCCGCAGCUAUCUGGCUUUCCUCCACACUGGCCGUCUUACCAGCAAACGCAGCAUCAGCAACCCCCAUACAUGUAUGGACUUCCUGGUGCUGCUUGGGUUCAGUACCCUGGUGUUAUCCCCGGGCCAGCAUCUUCCGCCGUCGGCCCAGCGCCGCCAGCACAUGCUGGAUUUCCCCCAUCCACACAUCCAAUGUACAUGGCGCCAACAGGGUAUCAAGUGCCGAUGCCAACAGCGCAACCACAGACAGGAGCUUCCAAAGGGAAAGCUGUUCAGAUGGCAUGGGGCCGCCCAACCCCUUAUAACUCUGUCACGCCAGACCCUUGA